AUGCAUUCCAUCCUAGCACGUUCUCUCGCUCUCUUGAGUGUUUCCACCUACUUUUCCACAGUAUCAAUAUUGCCACAAACAUCUCCCGAUCUUCAAAAUGCCUUGGGAUAUAAUAUCGCAGAAGCAACUUUCUCUCCUUCUACAGUAAUAGAUUCCAAGACUUCCCUAGCAACAUCUGUUUCUACAAUUCCUUCCGAUAAAUCAUCGUCCACAAUUCCACUCAACCAACGCAGAAACACCGACACGGAACACAAAAAGAAACUUCCCCCACGCAAUCUCGGUCCAUUUGGUCAAGAAGGAUUCAACCUCGCUACAUAUCUAGAUACCGAUCUCAGCAACACCGUUGUCGCAGUGACUUCUCAAAUUCUCGCUCCAGUGCCUUCAAUUACUUCUGACCCGAGCUAGAGCGAAAAAUUCCUCAUUCCCACAACCACCAUAACUGUUCCCGCUUCUACGAUUUAUUACACCGAAGCCACAGUAACGAUUACCCAAACAACCAUUACAAUUACCGCCAGGGGAAUUGGUACAUUUGCAACCCAUUCUCCCAUUUCCCAAUUACAAGAAAAUAAAGUAUCAGCACCACCGCAAACAUUCCACACAAUUACUACCGAUAGGGCGUCUACACGCGCUUCUUCGAUUCCUGGUCAAAGAGAAGGAAAACGUGGGCUUGAAGAAGAGAAAAAGGCGUGUGAAGCGCUGGGGGAAGAGGAAGUGCUGGGUUGUUUAGAAGCGGAGGGAUUGUUGGUGCCGUGGACGACGAGGAUGGAGGUGCUGGAGGGAAAGACGAUGGUGAUGGUGGAGGUUAGUGUGGGGACGGGGUGGGGAAGGAGGGCAAUGGAGGCGAGGGCUACGGGGAGGGGGUAG